UGAAACACCCCUAUAUGGAAUAGUGGACUAUUCCAUGUUUGACCUUUGACCCAAUCAGUCGCCAACAUGGCAGGAUCUGAACUUGCGGCAACUCUUUCCGACUCCAACAUGUCCGAAUCGGCUCCUUUCGUGAUCAAAACCGUCGAGAUGCACACAGGCGGCGAGCCACUGCGAAUCAUCACCGGCGGGUACCCCAAAAUCGAGGGGAAAACCAUCCUGGAGAAGCGGGCUUACGUACGGGACCACCUCGACGUGUUUCGGCAGAGGUUGAUGUGGGAGCCGAGGGGCCAUUUCGACAUGUACGGUGCUCUUCUCGUAGAGCCAGACGAGGAAAGCGCCGACAUCGGCGUGCUUUUCAUGCACAACGAGGGCUACAGCACCAUGUGCGGGCACGCGUGUAUAGGGCUGGGGCGAUAUGCGGUAGACAAGGGGAUAGUUCCCGCGAAAAGCCCGCAGACCGAGCUGGUUAUCCAGUGCCCGACCGGCCCGGUGAAAGUCUGGGUGGACUACCAGGACGGAAAAAGUGGGCGUGUCCGGUUCCACAGUGUCCCAGCGUUUGUCUUCGCACUCGACCAAGAAGUUGACGUGCCAAACUACGGACGCGUGAAGGUAGACAUCGCGUACGGCGGUGCGUUCUACGCCUUUCUCCCCGACAGCUCUCUCGGGUUAGAUCUCCGCACAGCUCCGGCUGAAGCUGUGAAAACCGCGGCCACUGCAGUCACGGAGGCCGUGAAGAAGGCCGUGCCGUUACGCCACCCGGGACACCCGGAUCUGGCGUUCCUGUACGGGACGAUUGUCACAGAUGGGCGGGACGAGUACGCCCCUACGCCAACGGUCAACACCUGCGUGUUCGGUGACGCCGCCGUGGACAGGUCUCCCACGGGCUCUGGCGUCACGGCAAGAGUUGCCAUACAGCAUCGCCGUGGGCAGAUCGACCCGACCAGAGAGCGGCAGUUCGCGAGCGGCGCCACGGGCUCCGUGAUGACCGGCCGGCCCGUCAGGGAGACCAAGUGGGGGGAGUUCGACGCCGUGAUCGUGGAGGUGUCGGGAAAUUCGUACUACAUCGGAACAGCCGAGUUUACAGUCGAGUCGGACGACCCGCUGAAAAACGGCUUUCUUGUCAAGUGA